CAAAAGACAAAGCUGACUGGUGAGGAGGGCAGUGGGUACCUUCAUUUCAUCUCUCGAGGGGUCUAUAUAUUAUUUGAUGUAAUCCCCCCUUUUUUAUGUCAAAUCUCUUUCAAGAAUAUAGGGUUUUCAUAUAAUAAGUUCAUUAAUUAUAUAUACUCUUGGAACUAUAGAAGAAGAGGGGAAAUAAUUAAAUCGAUCAACUCAAUCCAAUAUGGAAGUGGAGAAGGUUGUUUCUAUGCUUUCUCGUACUGGGAGGGAUCUGCAGAGGUAUAACGCCGAUGGCUGUCGCCAAGUAGUUGGCUGCAUUCCGUACAGAUACAGAAAAGCAAAUCAACCCAUUUGUGGGACGAAAGCAAUAGAUGAUUUGGAGUUUCUUCUGGUCAGCUCUCAGAGAUGCCCUAGAAUGAUGUUCCCAAAGGGUGGUUGGGAAGAAGAUGAAUCAUUGGAAGAAGCAGCUCACAGAGAGACCUUUGAGGAAGCCGGGGUUUGGGGAAAUAUUGGGAAUUGUCUAGGAUCAUGGUACUUUAAGAGCAAAAGCAAAGGCACAUUUCAUGAAGGGUUCAUGCUGCCAUUGUUUGUGACCGAUGAGAUGGACCAUUGGCCCGAGGAAAAUAUGCGUAGACGCCUAUGGGUCUCAUAUAAAGAAGCAAUGGACUUGUGCUUCCAUCCUUGGAUGAAAGAAGCCUUGGAUUGCUUUAUCUCUCAGCUCAACCUGUCCCAAAGAGAAACAACAAUGAUGAUUUCAAACAGCACAUUACUCAAGGAGACAUUGAAGAACAAAGAAGAAGAAGAAAAAGAAGAAGACGAUGUUCCUUGCCACACUACACCCGAAAGUCGCAAGGACGAGGGAAUGUCGAUAAACGAAGAAGAGCCAAGAAUGUGCCUUUCUUCUACAUCUCAAAGCUUGCAAGCAAAGCGCGGUGGCGGGAUCUUGAUAUCGGAGGAACGUAGGAUUGUCGAAACCUCUAGGACCAUGUACUCGUUACAGUUGUCGUUGAUCACCGAGGUUAAAUCCUUGAGCAAUAUCGCUCUUUGUCUCCAAAGAAUGUUUGCAGAGCUUAUGAGACUCUUCGACCCGCCAUGGCUUGGCCUGGUUGCUCAAGGAUUGAAGGGAGGUGGCGAAAGACCAACAAGAACCACAACAACCUCGGACGAACUAUCUGAUGACCCUACUACAACUGGAUCUUUGACCGUUAUUAAUAAUGAUUAUAGUAAUAAUUAAUUAAGGAUGGAUAGAUGUAAUGGUAUAGUAGGCACAUCUGGUGGUGAUUGCUUGCAAACUAUCCCAGUUCGAGCUAAACAAUUAUGUGCAAAGGCCAUGGAGAUUAGCUCGGAAAUUGUGGAUUUGUGCACAAAUUUAGAUUAUUAGUCCGUAUAAAUAAUUAGUGAGGGAUGCAUGUGUGUACAAAGUUGUGUAAUUUGAUAGCUCUCACAACAAAAAGAGCUAGAGAAUGGAACCAUCCUUCUUUAAUUCCCAUUUAUAUAUCAAGUACAUGUCUCCAAUUUCUCCAUCUUUUUCCAUUUGAAUUACCC